GCCUGCUUGUAUUUCUGACAAUGCGCCUGUGCUAACCACACAGUUGAGGUUGUGAACGGCCUUGUUGACGUUGAAUUUCAUUUUUAAAUUGGUCAGCAACACAGUCACUAUGCCAACAAUUAAACUGCAGAGCUCCGACGGGGAGAUGUUUGAGGUGGAUGUAGAAAUCGCCAAGCAGUCCGUGACAAUAAAGACAAUGUUAGAAGAUUUGGGCAUGGAUGAUGAAGGAGAUGAUGAUCCUGUCCCUCUUCCCAACGUGAAUGCAGCUAUCCUUAAAAAGGUGAUUCAGUGGUGCACUCAUCACAAAGAUGACCCUCCUCCUCCUGAGGACGAUGAGAACAAAGAAAAGAGGACGGAUGACAUCCCUGUAUGGGAUCAGGAAUUCCUGAAAGUGGACCAGGGCACGCUCUUUGAACUUAUUCUGGCUGCCAAUUAUUUGGAUAUCAAAGGCUUGCUAGAUGUCACCUGCAAGACAGUUGCAAAUAUGAUCAAAGGCAAAACCCCAGAGGAGAUCAGAAAGACGUUCAAUAUCAAAAAUGACUUCACAGAGGAAGAGGAAGCUCAGGUACGCAAGGAGAACCAGUGGUGUGAAGAGAAAUAAGGAAGCUCCUUCUGACACUAACACACUGUAAGGAUUAUUCCCAAAAAACAGAUUUACUGGUUGCACUGCGCUGUUCAUACUUAUUGAUGCUCACCUGUAGAUGAGAAUGAGACCCAUUGUGUAUUCAUAGCAUGAUCAUUUUCAUUGCUUGUGUGGUGCAAAAAAAAAUAUAAUUUAAACUCUUUCCUGUUUUUAUUCCUCUUUGUAUAUUCAGCAGAAAUAAAUGGUCUUCACCACUCCCUUUUUUGGAUUUUUGUUUAACCAAAAGAAGCUUCUUUAUGAGGCAACCAAUUUGAUUUUUUUGGAACAUAAAAUUGGUAAUGCUUGAUCUUUAAUUUUUAUAAACAUCCUUUUGUGUGCCGUCUUGUCAUAAGUCAUGCUGAAGAAGAGAAUAAAAUUCUAGGAAUUACUGGAGGUAUAGAAAGAUCUAGGGAAUUUAACAUGUCCUGUGGACUGGAAGUACUUGUUUUGAGAAGUAAAGUGUUGGGGUUUUUUUUUGGUUUUUUUUUUGUUUUGUUUGCAUAUUUACUAUGCUUAUUAACAUUGUAUAGGAUCAGACACAUUUUCUUAGUUCUGCUUACAGUGAAGCUUAGAAUAUGAAUCUUUUAAGUUCCAAAAUAAAACCAAGAAAAUGUGCUUGUGUA